AUGGUGGGCGUUUCACCUGGACGAACUACGCGGCGCAGUGGCUCCAUCUCCAGUGUGUUGCAGUCGUCGUCCUCCUCAUCGGCCACUUGUACGUCUCUGGAGAACAACGUCGACUACAGCGGCGCUGACGUCGGCAGUGCUCCCAGCGCCAACGCUAAUGGGUGCUGCAACAUCUGCUCCAACAACAACGCCUGCGGUGCGUUCACCUGGACCAACUACAACGGCGGCACUUGCUGGCUCAAGAGCUCCAAGGGCAGCGCCAAGUCCAGCCCCGGCUCUAUCUCGAGCUCUGUCCAGAAGUCCAACACUGGCGGCAACACCGGUGGCGGCUGGAAGAUGUCGCCCGUCAAGGUCGUCCAAGCCCGUGUCCAGGGUGACGCGCCUGUGUGGCACCCGGAAGUGGGUCUGUGGCUGUCCAAGUUCGGCACCAACGCGGAGCAGAACUACGUCAACAACCUGGACACCGUCAACACGGCGUCCGUUGAAGGCGCGCUCAUGUACGUGCAGGCCGAGGGCAUCAACGUGAACGAGCAGUCGGUCAAGUGCCGGCGUAAGAACAACAUGCAGUACGUCGUCUUCUACGAGAUGACCAUCGUCCAGCCGACCAACAGCAUCAAGUACUACGAGAACCACUCUCCUCCGGAGUACGGUGACUUCGUCGCUAUGGACGGUGCCAAGUGCACGAACGCCGGCGCGGAUAUCCCCAAGAGCUGCAAGGUGUACUACGGACUGGACGGUACCAAGGACAUCGGUCCGAACGUCGGGUGCAACCCGCAAGGGUCCGACCCGCGUGCGCCGUACCCGAACAACUACUGGUGCUCGUUCCCCAACUCGUGCGCUCAGAAGUACCGUGCGGACAAGACGAACGAGUGCAGAGCUCAGUACGACGGCGGUCUGUGCCCCAUGGGCGUCCAGCCUGAUGGCGUCAAGUGCACGUACAACUACAAGAUUCUGGGCUACCUGAACAUCGACGACCUGGUCGGUAUCACGAAGAUGGGCUUCCAGACCUACCAGCAGUUCUGCCAGAGCGGCGGUAUUGAGUUCAAGGCUAGAAACACUGGCCGUGGCUUCGAGGUCGAGCAGUGCAUUGACUUCUGGAAGAACCCGGGAGACCAGAACGCCAACGCUAACCGUGCCGCCCAAAUGGUGACCACGUACAACCAACUGAUCAGCAGUGGCAGGAGCCCCAACAUGAGUCCUCUGCCUUCGGUUGAGAGUAUGUCUGCGUCCAACCCCAAGUGCUACCAGAACAGUGCCGUGUGCGCGCGUGCCCAGUUCGGAUGCAAGCGCUCGCUCUUCUCGCAGAUCUGCUCCGUGUGCUCGGGUCCGGAUGCUGGAUGUGAGAAGGCUCCGGCUGGCUACUCGUUCCCCAACCUGACGCUGCCCCCUGGAAACUAAGCGUGGCCCAGAUGACAUCUUCGACGUGCAAUUCACACCGAGGCUUCUCGUUUUGCUCAUAGGGAUUUAAAACUGUGUAGAUGCUCCAAUGACUGCUAUCAAAGCAGUACGUACGUUAAGAUCAUUUUCUUCCUAAAA